AUGGGCCAACCCAAGCCGACCGCAGUCCCGCUCCCCAAUUCCGAGCAGUUCUACCUGAAUAGCGAGCAGGGUGAAAGGUAUCUGAUUCAAGUGUCUUGGCCGCUACAUUGGCACAGUGACAGCACUUCUGCUCGCGGGUCAUUUCCCAUAUUAUAUAUUGUCGAUGGGAAUGCUCUAUUCUUGACUGCAACCGAGGCCGCCUGGCGUCGCGCACCUGCGUCGCAUUUCGCUGGUGGGGGCAUCAUCGUAGCCAUCGGAUACCCAUUGAACAGAGAGCUUUAUGAUAUGCGACGACGCACCCUUGAUUUAUCUCCGCCAACAGAAAGUCCAAUCUCUGGACAUGGAGGCGCCGAUGUAUUUCUUGACUUCAUUCAAAGUUCAGUGCGACCCGCGGUCAAGGCCCGAUUUCCACAGGUCUCCAUCUCUAGAGAAGCUCUCUACGGCCAUUCGUAUGGGGGAUUGCUUGCACUACAUGCGUUAUUUACACGCCCCAGGUCAUUUGAUUGUUAUAUGGCCAGCAGUCCAUCGAUAUGGUGGAAUAGUGAAUUCAUUUUGCAGGAGGCGAAGGCCUUUCUGAAAAAAGAGCCUUUCGAAGAGAAAUUGCCUUCGCUCAUGGUCUUCUGGGGCUCAGUCGAGCAAAAUCCUCACCAGUGGGAUAAUGAACCUCUUGAAAAAUAUGAAUCAAGAAAGAGAAUGGCCUCAGAUUUUAGAAUGGCUGACAAUGCUCUCGAUCUCUGCGGGAUGCUGCGAGGUUGCAAACACUUGCAUACUGUCCUGGCGAAUGAGUUCGAUGGGGAAGAGCACACAAGUGUGAUGCUGUGCUCGGCAAAUCGGAGUUUGACGAUGUUCUUUGAAGAUUGGCCUUUGCAUCAAUUCCAUCGGAUAGUUGGCAACAAGUCUGCAGAGACUGAGGUUACCUCAGUUGAUGACCCAAUUACCCUGCAGGUGAGAGCCGACGACAAGGAAGCUGGACAUGCUCCCAUCGAUGACUUGACUGGCAAGGAGGAAGCCAGGCCUGCUGAAGAUGCCCAAGCUGGUGUUCAGAAGAUUGAGGCUGUUACUCUGGCCUGGGGAAAGGGAUCCAUGCUCAUGGUUCUGAUAUUUAUCUGGCUUCUCACACUGGUGAACAAUCUCAAGACUUCCGUCGUCUACAGCCUAAGCGCCUAUGCGACAAGCUCUUUCGCGGGUCAUUCGCUUUUGACCGUCAUCGGUAUCGUGGCAUCUUCAAUGACAGGCGCAGUGUAUAUUCCUAUGGCUAAAGCUCUGGACCUUUGGGGUCGUGCGGAAGGUAUUCUUCUAAUGACUGGGUUCUGUAUCUUGGGAAUAGUCAUGUUGGCUGCAUCCCAUAACCUAGCUACCUACUGCGCUGGACAGGUAUUCUACUCGGUCGGAUUCGGAGGUCUCGCCUACAGUUGGAAUGUUCUCGCAACCGAUGUGACAAACUUGAGAAAUCGAGGGUUGGCAUUUGCUUUUACGUCAUCUCCGGCAAUAAUCUCAGCGUUUGCUGGAUCUAAGGCCGCUGAAGGAUUUCUCGCUAAUGUCAAUUGGAGAUGGGGCUACGGAGUUUGGGCAAUUAUCUUGCCCGCUUUCGCUUUGCCGAUAUAUUUCAUGCUGGCCUAUAACUUACGCAGAGCCGAGAGGGAAGGGAUCCUCGUCAGGGAAAGAAAGGCCUGGAAUUUUAACUUCGAAACAAUUUGGUGGUUUAUUAAAGAGUUUGAUUUAAUGGGUGUUUUCCUAUUCGCUAGCGGCAUGGUGGUAUUCCUUCUGCCAUUCACUCUGGCCAGUAUGGCACCCCAUGGUUGGCAAACCGGCUAUAUCAUUGCCAUGAUUGUGGUUGGGCUGGUCCUACUCAUCUCGUUUGGUUUCUAUGAGACUUACCUGGCCCCAGUGCCAUUCCUGAACUAUAAGUUCCUCACCGAUAGGACCGUUCUAGGCGCAUGUCUCCUAGAUAUGACAUAUCAGAUAUCUUACUAUUGUUAUGCCGUCUAUCUCCCGUCAUUUUUGCAAGUGGUAUAUAAUUUGGACGUGGCCACAGCUGGGUACGUUGGAAACACUUUCAGUGUCGUGGCGUUUGUCUUCUUGUUCUUCGCUGGCUGGCUCAUCCGAGUGACGGGUCGCUAUAAGUGGAUUCUCUGGGUCUGUGUACCGCUCUACAUCUUUGGACUCGGUCUAAUGAUUUACUUCCGUCAACCUGGUGGAUACAUUGGAUACAUUGUCAUGUGUGAGGUCUUUUUCUCCGCCGCCGGCAGCGUUUUCAUUCUGUGUGUGCAGCUUGCCGUCCUUGCUUCGGUCGAUCACCAACACGUUGCCGCAGUACUUGCCUUGCUUUUCGUGAUGGGAAGUAUCGGUGGAUCUAUUGGCAGUGCAAUCUGUGGAGCUAUUUGGACAAACACGUUCUUGAAAAAACUUGCGGAAACCCUGCCAGAAUCAGCCAUGCCCAAUUUGUCUCUCAUUUACUCAAGUCUUCCCCAGCAGCUCAGUUAUCCAGUUGGAAGCCCUGAGCGAGACGCCAUUGUGGAAGCCUACGGCUAUGCCCAACCAAGGAUGCUUGCAGCUGGUACCGCAUUCAUGGUUUUGGGCUUCAUCUGGGUUGGCAUGAUGAAAAACCUGAACGUCAAGAAUAUGACACAGACAAAGGGUAACGUGUUCUAA